AUGCAGCAUGUUGCAACUGACGUUAUCUUGGCUUCAGAACCGCCUGACUCACUGUUCAUUCCUGACAUGGCUGUUCUACAGAAAUCUUCCUUAAACUCCAAGACCAAAAGUGUCUAUGUACAAACUGACUACAGAGAUGCCGAUGUUCAGACUGAUCCUUACACACCAGAAUAUGUUGUCCAUCCAGGAUCACAGCCAGAGAUUCUCACACUUGCUACACUUUCCUGGGGUCGGGGUUUACCUGCUGGUGUAGCAGAGGUUGAGAUGAUUGAAAGGGCUCGAGCCAAACGUGAAUGGGAAAAAACACUGCCUCCUCUUAAUGACUUGAACCAAUUAGAGAAAAGGCGACAAAUGUUGGAAGCCAUGGAGUUGAAAGAGUGGGCAUUAAGAGAACAGAUGAUUGAAAAACUACAACUUGAGCAAUUGGAACUUCUAAAAAAACUGCUGAGUGACAGGGAAGAGAAACAGGCCAGCAUCACCAACAAAAGACUUGACAAAAUUUGGACACUUAAACAGAAAGAAAAAGAAAAAAGAUUUCAAAAGAUCAGACUUGACCACAUAAGAGCCCUCCGCAAGUUGCAUUUAAGCAAGAAAAAUGUGGAAAGGAAAUUUGAAAGGAGGGACAUUGUUAAAGAUUAUAUCAACGAUGGUUCCACUGUUUUUGCCCCAUUGACACGCAAUGGAGUGUUUCCCGAUAGCAAACAAAAUCAAUAUGUUGUGCAGAGUUCAUUUCUUUCUACUUAUGAUGGCCUAUUAGAUUUGGAACAGACCCUCCCUGAUUUUGUGACCAAUCCAAGAAUAAAAGUACCAGUGACUCCAGUAAAAAAGAUUGGAUCAUAUAUCAAGAGAAAAUAUAAGCAAGAAUUUGAGCUCAAAGACAUUCAUGAGAAAAUUCUAGCAGGAAAGAUUCCAAAGAAGGUAGACAUAAAACCACUUCGAUAUCUUGUGAAAAUUGAGAAGCCUAAACCACGGCCACCUACACCUUCAGUUGAAGGACCUUCUCCUGAAAUGGAAGAAAAAGAACUUGCUGUGAUAUACCUUCAGCAAUUACUCAGAGGAAAAGCUAUACACAAUAUGGGGAAACAAAAACGACAGGUAACACUGGCACUUCAGAGGCAGCGACAAACAUAUGAACACAAGGAGAAUAUUGUUCAUGAAGCACUGAGUCGUAUUGAAGGCACCACAAUUGGAAACAUGUUUGAUUUCCUCUCCAAAGAACUCAUACGUCUACAGGAAGAACGCCGGAUUCAUGCUUUUGCUAUGUUGGCAGAACGUCAGCGGCGUAUCCGAGAAGCAGAAGAGAGUGGCCUAAGGCAGGAAGAAGAAAGAAGACGAAGGGAAGAUGAUGAAAUAUUCAAACAGGUGGUGAAAGUUCACCAAAACACUGUGGACACCUACUUAGAAGAUAUUAUUCUUCAAUCAGUGGAAUACACAGCAGAGAAAGAAGCUCGUACGUACAUCCAGCAGUUAGCCAACAAAAUCAAUGACAUAACAUAUGAAAUGGAAAGCAAACGAACCCAGUUAGAAACUGAAGAAAUUGUGGGAGAUCUUAUUCACAACUUCUUGCUACCAGAUGUUGAAAAGGACAUUAUGAGAGAGAAAGGUUAUUCUGGGACAUAUGGCCAAUGA